CAGCCAUAGUAAAGUCUUUUAUACUAGCCCUACAAUCUAGUAAUAUAAUGGAAACUUUGAAGAUUGCUUCAAUGGUGAUUAUCAGCCUUUGGAUUCAACAGAUUGAGUGUCAGAGUGGAAGCGGAGAAAAUUGGGGCUGUGAGAACAUUACGUUGCCUUUCCACUGCGACGAUGGAACAUGCGUAAAAAGGAGUCUAUUCUGUAAUGGAAAACCAAAUUGCCCUGACGGUUCAGAUGAAACUUUGCACGAUCCAAUGAUACACAAUGGUAGCCGUGGGAUAGCCUGUCAGUCCAUUAGAAACGUCAGCGAUUCAAUUUGCUUCUUAGAUGAAAGAUAUCGUUGCGAUCAUGAUAUAGAAUGCAUGGGAGGCGUGGAUGAAUGCGACUGUGAAUCAACUUUUCAAUGCGACAACGGAGAAUGUGCUUUAAAAAUCAUGUUUUGUGACGGCAUAAAGGAUUGCACUGAUGGAACAGACGAACACGUAUAUAACAGAAGCGAAGGUGGAUUCCAGUGUCAAGUUACCAAGAAACAUGUUACAUUGAGUUGUAGGUUGCCAGAUGCCCAUGUGUGUGACGGAACUUCAGAAUGUCAGUGGGGAACGGAUGAAUGUUUCUGCGACUUUAGCGGUGGAUCGAAAAAGGGAAUUCCAAUUGACGAUGCGUUUUCGAACGACAAAUGUUUCCGCUGUUUGGAUAAAAGUUUGGUCAUUCCCAACAACCGUGUCUGUGACGGAAUAAUGGAUUGCAAAGAUCUGUCUGAUGAGUGUUUAUGUAAACAUGAACAAAAGAGAUCGGAAGAAACAAAAAAGCUUUGCGACAGCGUUUGCAUAGGCGAUCAAUGCAAAUGCCCAGGACAACUUCAAUGUCAACCGAGAGUCAAUAACGGAACAAAGGGCACAACAGUAUGUAUCGACCCGGAAUCGAUUUGCGAUGACAUAUAUGAUUGUGAAAAUGGAUUUGACGAGUCCUUCUGUCCUUUGGCUGAUGAUUAUUUCACUUGUUUCGACAACAGUACAAGAGUCAGGAAAACAACUUUAUGUAACGGAAUCAAGGAUUGUCCUGAUGGUUCGGAUGAGUACAGAUGCCACGAAGACAAACACAUUUGCUACAUGUAUAAACUUGAAUCCCUGUGGCCUCAUUUGAAAGAUCUUGAUCUCAGCAAUGGAUAUCCACCUUUGAACAGGAGUAUCAUUCUUAAGCAAUGGAAUCCUUGGCCUUAUCAUUGGCCAUAUUACACCGACGCUUGUGAUGGAAUUCCUCUGUGUUCAGAUAGAGACGACGAAUGUGAUAACGAUACAUGCCCUGGCGAAUUACCAGGCUUUUGUAGCUUCGACGGAAAUUGUCCAAACUCGGGUUCUAGGAUAAAUGGGUAUGAAAUUUGUGAUGGACAGCCGACAUGCAACGAUACUGCACCUCAUACAUCCGUAGAUGAGUGGGGGUGUCCAGGAAGGUUUUACUGCAAAAAUAAUGGCUCGACCAGGUUGCCUAUCCAUAUACCCGAAGAACACAGAUGCGACGGUAUAGCUGAAUGUGACGAUCAGAGCGAUGAAAUGGAUUGCAACAAAGACGGAGUUGUAACCCAUUUCUAUUGCAAUGACGAAGGAUCAACAUUAUUUAUUCCUAUUGAACAGAAAUGCGACAGACGAAAAGAUUGUAAAGAAGGAAGUGACGAAUGCGCAAAUUGCGAAAUCAACCCGUUUUCUUCAGAUGAAAAAUUAAUCAAAUCCAGAGUUUUGGUUGGAUUUUUAUGGAUUAUAGGUUUGAUGUCAACAUUCGGAAACACGGCCAUCAUUUUUCAUCAAAUCAUCCACAUUUACAAAAUCAGAAAAACUACAAAUCAAGUGGCGUUGAAGAACAGAGUACUUGUGCUGAAUCUCGCAUGUGCUGAUCUAUUGACCGGGAUUUAUCUUAUAGCCUUGGGAAUAAAAGAUGCACAAGUUGAAAAAUAUUGUUUGGCUGACCAAGAAUGGAGAAGUAGUUCGACCUGUUCUGCCCUAGGAGCCAUCGCUGUUAUUGGAACCCAAGCAUCUGUUAUGAUUUUACUUAUCAUGACCUCAUACAGAUUGUAUCUGGUUAUUAAGCCAUUUAAAAGACAGAAGAUGUCAAUGGUAAUACUGUCCGUCAUUAUUUCCUGGGCUAUUGCGAUCUUGCUUGGAACUGCCCCCUUGAUUUACUCAGCUAAAGAAUAUUUCGUUUCUUGUGUGUGGUUCAGAAGUCAUCGUUACCUUGGCUAUGCUUGUAAAGCAGAUAUGAUUGAAUUUACUGAAAGACUCAUCGCUUUUGAAGGACCUGACCGAUUGUUCAGCAAAGCUGUUGGAUCUGAGUACACCUGGGACUCCAUGAUCGAAGCACAGAAAGUUUUGAACUCGAGUUACGAACCUGAGAGAUAUUUCGGAUACUACUCUGCACACAGUGUGUGUCUUCCUCGACUGUUUCCAAACACAGAAAACGACAGAUCGUGGGGAUAUUCCUUGUUCUUGGUGCUACUGAAUUUCUUUGCAUUCGUCUACAUCUUACUAAGCUAUAUAUUUAUUUAUAAACGCACAACGUCCAAUAAAAUAUCAUCUAACAAAGAAGAUCGAUCAGCUGUUAUGCAACGUAAAGUAUCUCGUAUUGUCCUGACAGAUUUCUGUUGUUGGAUGCCGAUUUGUAUCAUGGCAUUCAUAACCGUAGCAGGUAUUGAUAUUGGAGACACAGCAUACGCCGUAACAGCCAUCAUUCUGUUACCAAUCAAUAGCGCUAUGAACCCGUUUCUUUACUCUUCACUGCUCGAUGUCAUCUGGAGCCACUUGGAACCAACUUUCAACCGAUUCAUUGGUACGAAAUUUGGAAGAAGCCUUCAGGCAAGUUUUCAAAAACGAAAGGCAAGCACUGGAAUUGGCCAAUCUAUGGUUACUUCAGUUACCAACAUGCAAUCUUCGGAAACAGAAAACAGAGACAAAAUCUCCCCGACCGCAACGUCACGUAAUAGCUCAGUGUUUAAUGGCGAUAACGGAAUCUCAGAAAAAAUGACAUCACAAAUGUGAUCUGGACAUUUCCCUCGUCACAGAACUCUACGAAUUUGUGAAUGAAAACUAUGCUGGACAUCUUAAUGUGUACGAAUUCUUUGAGAAUAUUUGAAAGACUUACAGUAGUGGAAAGUUAGGGUUAGAAAAUACGACAGUUAACGGGGAAUGAAACAAUUUAUAUCCAAUAAUAUUGACACAAAACUGACUCUUUUUAAACUUUGAACAACGCAUUCAGAACGCAUUCAUUCUCAUGUUAUCUGUAAAGUAUUGUAUUCAAGAACUUACUGAAAAUGCUUUUCGACGUUUAUAUUAUUGGGACAUUAUAUUUAACUUUUCACGAAAAAGAGUGGCUUAAUCCAGGGGUGUGCCACGUGCGGCCCGCGGGCAAAAUACGGCCCGUGAGUGAAAAUUGUGUUGCCCGCGGAAAAGUGUCAAUUUUGAAUAGUGUGCGGUUCGCGGAAGUUUUCAGUUUGGUUCAAUGUGUUAAGUGCCAGUAAUUCCAAUCCAUUUACCAAUUAUUUUUCAUGCAUAUGACGUUACAAUGCCCUUAAUUUUUGUGCUUGCAACUACUAGAAUACACCAGUUGUUUGUAUCUGGCCCUCCUGUAUUAAAGGUUGCACACCCCUGGCUUAAUCAAUCGCACUGCAUUUUACAGUAAGGUUUUGUAAUUUUUUUUACUUUUUACUUAUUUUCGUUGUGGUUUAUAAUCCGUAUAAAUAUAUUUGCCUUUGCUAUUAUUUGAAAAUUUCACAAAUUAGUUUAAAAGCUUGAGUGAUUGAAAUUGCACAUGAAUAAUGUUUAUUCCUUUGAGUCACAAAGCUGGAAGACUUACGAAGAUGACUCUUCGAAGCAAUCGCUAAUGUUACAUAAGUUUCAAAUACUGUUAAAUUAUAUUCACAACUGUAUUCAGAUACGAAUUAACACAAACCUAUCUAAUAUUAAUAUUUUAUAUAAUUUCAAUUUAUUCGUUCCUUAUUAAUUUUUUCGAAGUUGAAUAUUUUGAUACUGCCGUAGUAUAUGUACCAG